AUGUUCUUAGUCAAGAGAUCACUCCCCAGAGCGUUCCAGACCCGAGUCGGCGCCAGUCCCUUCAGCGCCUGCCAGGCGUUCAGAAACCUUUUCAUCCAAACCGCAGAAACUCCCAACGAACAGGCCCUCAAGUUCCUUCCAUCCAUGAAAAUCUUGGCCGAUAACGAAACCAGAGAGUUCUUGAGUGGCAGAGAAGCCGCAUGCUCUCCUUUGGCACUCAAGCUUUUCACUAUCGAUGGAGUCAAAUCCAUCAUGUUUGGCUCUAAUUUCAUCACCAUCGAAAAGGCCGACCAGGCCACCAACUGGUCGCUUUUGAAGCCCGAGAUCUUUUCCAUCUUGACCGAGUACUUGACCAACGGCACCCCCAUCAUAGUGGAAGACUCGUCCAUUUCUUCCGACAUGGAGAUCAGCGAGGAUGAUGACGAAAUAGUAUCGAUGAUCAAGGAAUUGAUUUUCACCAGAAUCAGACCCGCCAUCCAGGAUGACGGAGGAGACAUCGAGUUUGUCAACUUCGAGGAGACCACGGGAACCGUGUAUUUGAGAUUGAAGGGUGCAUGUAGAUCGUGUGACUCGUCGUCGGUGACCUUGAAAAAUGGGAUUGAGUCCAUGUUGAAGUACUACAUCGAAGAGGUUCAGGCGGUAGAGCCGGUUGACGAUGGCAUUGAAAACGCCCAAGAAGUCCAGGAAGAGCCUGCCUUUGACAUUGCUGCACACUUGACCCCAAGAAUCAGAUCAGACCCUCCCAAUUUGUGA